CUGUCUGCAUAUGCUGCCCCCGGCAUAGCUUGACCUUCUCUGUCCCUGCCUUUCACUCUGUCCUUAUUCUCUCUCUGUCUCUCUCUCUCUUUUACUUGCUCUCUCCUUUCACUCCGUCCUUAUUCUCAGUCUCUCCCUCCCUCUAUCUGCAGGUGUGGAGGACCGCAGCCUGAGGCUUUAAAGAAGGACAAAGCCUCUGCUGAGAGUGAGAACACAACGCUGUUGGAGAGAGUAGAGGAGAGAAGGAAGAGGAGGAGAGAGGGAGGGAUAGCUACAGUGCAGUAAGGGAGUCUGGUAGAACUGGUUGUUGAAAGGAAAGAGCAAUGGAGUCUUUUGCAGGAGAUGCGGAGGGCAGCGCUGAUGACCUUACAGGAGCAAAGAGGAAGUCCAAGCUGAAGACCCUGAAGACACGUCUGUUUGGGAGAUCCAAGAAAGAGACCCUACUCAGCCAGUCUGCUGGUGAUGUCACUGAGGCGGAGGGGCUGGGCUCAGCUGAGCAUCUGUGUUCAGGCGUGUUGGGAUCACGGGCGUUGUCACAUGACAGUAUAUUCUUGGCCGACCAGGAUCUGUCUAGUCCGGAGCAGCCCAGGGUUCUAUCCCAGUUGAACGUCCAAGGCAGGAUCAAAGAACUCCAGAUGAAGCUCCAGCAGCAGAACAUGCGUCUAGGCCCGUCCCCAAUGGUCCUGCCAAUCAAACGUCCAGAGGACCUGGGGGGCAGCUCAGAGGACGAUGGUCUGCCCCACAGCCCUCCCGAAAUCUCCAUGGGCGACCACAGACACCCCCGGGGGGCAUCUUACAAGUUCCCUGCCCCUCCCAGGCACCAUAGCUCUCUGAGUUUAGCAGGAACAGGAAGUGAGGAGGAAGAGCAGGCCACCUCCCAACCCUUGUCCAAUCCCCUCUCUCCCAUGCUCAAACCUCCUCUUACCAGCUUCGUGCACCCCACCCCAUCUGCCCCCCUCUCUGCCUUCUCCUCUGCCUCUCCUGCCUUGGAUUUCAGCACCCCAGCCCAGUUCACCCCCUCCCUGGAUAACUCUGCCGCCCGCCACCGUAUGUCCAUCAAGCCCAGGAACCAGAGGGCCAGUGCCAAGAACAAAAGGCUGACCAUGGUGAGUUCUGCCUGGGCAUACCAACUACACAUGGGGCCCUUGCCUCUGGAACUCACACAGAGGAAGGCUCAGGAAAGAUCAAAAUACUGGAUACACUAUUGCUCGAUGAUCUGUCUGUAUGUCUGUCUGUCUCUCUGUAUUGCUCGUUCUCUCUCUCUCUCUCUCUCUCUCUCUCGUUCUCUUCAGACUGAAUUGAGACCACGCUCAGAGAGUCUUAACAACUUUGACCGGCCCUUGACAGAGGAGGAAGAGGACGGGCCUGCUAUUACUGGGGGUAAAACACGUUUACGUUCUCACUCUACCCAGAUCCAAAAGUUGGAGCAAGGGGGGUUGACCACCCCCACUGCACCCCCAGAGCUGACACCCCUUAAGUCUGGUCCCACAGAGGCUGAGGGGUGCCCAAAAACCUCCACCUCCACCCCAACCCUCCUCUGCAAGCCCUCUCCACAGGAGCAGCCGCAUCCUGGGGUUGCUCUGAGACCAGUGGAAAUUGUGCCAGGCAAACAGCCACAGUCCUCCUCUGUGACCACAGUACAGGACCUGAGAUACACUCCACAACAGCAGACCCUGAAACUGUCCCUGGGAGACCCCAAGCCCUCAGCCCCAUCCCAAACCAAGAGGGACAUCCUGAGCAAGAGUGGUGUGAAAGAUUCAACCCCCAGCACCGAGGGUAGCACCAAAGAAAACCCAGUCCCGGCCGCCCAGCCCGCAGUUAGCCUGGCCUCAGUGGUGGAUCUCAGAACAUCCUCUCUGAGGUGGAAGCCAGAGGCUGUGGCUGCUGGUCAGAGUACCACGACGCCGCCUGCUGGGCCGGAGGACGCAGGUCAGGCAGAGCCAAGGCCAGUCUCUGGAUCCUUCCGCUUCUCCAUCAACUCUGCCAGGGAGCGGGAGAGACCCAGGAUGGGAAGUGGUGGUUUCUUGGGAGUGGUGGAGCAGGCUGGUUCUGGGGCGAAGAGAGAGGGGAGGGAGAAGGGGACAGAGGUGAAGUUGAUCUCCUCAAACGCCAGCCAGAGGGGGCAGGAGCAGCAUGGGGGCAGGCAAGAGGGAGCCAAGCCCAAAGAAGAGGAGUUGACUGCCAGCGAUAUCGGGGAGAAAGUCUUGGAAGGGGAGGAGGUGGCGGAGGAGAGCAGGGAGGGAGUGGAGGAGGCAGUGGAGGCAAAGGAGGAGGCACAGGAAGAGGAGGAAGAGGGGAAAUCGGCAUUUGGCGUGAAGCUUCGCUCCACCUAUCUCUCUCUGAAGGUCCGGGCGGAAUCAGCCACCAGCCAAUCAGAUCUCAAGAUUAACCGUCAAAGUCAGGAGGUGGGUGCUCUCCCUCUUACCCCUUACACCCUUUCCUCAAAACCCACCGGGCUUGAGGGGCUACAGGACACUCCGCCAACCAACUCAAUGCCCCAAAAGCUCCAUACAAACACCUGGGAUGCCCCAACAACACUGUCUUCACCCAGGGGGAGAGCCGGCUCCCUCAGAGAAGCAGUAACCUCAGCCCAGCCUACCCCCUCACCUCUCACUAAAGAGGCCCAAACCACCCCAGCUAUCCCUGAGGUGGUCCAAACCACCCCUGUCCCAGCCAUGGAAUCCCACACUACCUCCUCAGCCACUCAGGACCCCACGACUGGCCCCCAGGUGCCCCCCAAGGCUACCGUAUCCUGGAUGAGCAUGGCAUGGGGGAAGACCAGGGGCCUCCAGCAGCUCUUCACUAGCAGUCUACCCAGAGAGUUCACUGGCAUGCAGUCCCCAACUCAACCGCAAUGUCAGACCACAACACAACCACAGACGUCAUCACUGGCUCAGAUCAUGACACAAACUCAGAGACAGAAUGCAACACAACCACAGACACAGACCACAAUGCCACUACAGGCUCAGACCGCAACACAACCACAAUCACAGACCCCAAUGCAACCCCUGACUGCUAAACUACUGCAGUCACAUAAUUCAGCACAACCACCACAGACAGCAACACAAACACCCACACAGACCACAAAACAACAGCAGACUGACAAAACACCACAGACACAGAACACAACACAACCACAGACAGUGACUCAACCAUCAACACAGAUCACAAAACCAUCAACACAUGUGUCAAACCAAACCAACACUUGGGCAGCACAACCAACCACCGCCCCUCAACCGCUAGCACAAUCUACCCUAAGUUCUGUGUCUCGGGUGACCUCACCGUCCAACCUACAAGCAACCCAGCACACCCUGCGCUCCACUCCACAGACCCAAGCCCAAGCCACACUACGAUCUGCCCCAAUAGUUGCCACUUCCACUCAGCCACUAGCCUUGUCUUCCCUCUCUUCAAGCCCAAGCUCCACACCCAGCCAGCCCCCCUGGAUCACACGAGAUCACAACCCUACCACUCAGCCCAAACCAGCCUUAGCCCCAACAACAAACCCAGCCCCAGUCCAAGCUACAGUCCCAGCACUAGGGAGAGUUGACAGGACCCUUGUCCUCCAGGGGAAGAGUGAGGAGGCGGCUGUGCCAACAGAGAAGUGGGUGGACCGGGACAGGCCAGGGACUGUGGGAGGGAGGGCAGCCUUUCUGGAGAAACGGGCGGAGUGGACCCCUCCUGCUGGGAGCAAGGUGGAGCUCAGGAGAACGAGGACCCCACCUGAGUCUCAGCCCACAGCUGAAUCUGCUGCUCCUUCCAAAACGCCACCCACUCACAGAAACACUAAAGUUGCUAAACUUGAUGGGAGGCCAGAAUCAAGCCCAACCAAAGUGGCAGGCAGGCAUGCAGACAGAGAACACAAAUGGCUGAGAAAGAACAUGGCAACGCUGUCAUCUCCUUCAUCAUCACCUUCGUCAUCUUCCCCCCUGCAGACCAUAUCUGACAGUGGGGGGCAGCCAUCUUGGAUGGAACUGGCCAAGAGGAAGUCAAUGGCCUGGAAUGACAAGACCAUGGACUGAUAGAAUGAGAAAGAAAGAAAGAAAGAAAGAAAGAAAGAAAGAAAGAAAGAUGCAGAGAGAGAUAAGGGGAGUUCCUUAUUUAAAUGCACUUAUUGUUAGUUGCUAUAGGCAAGAGUGUCUGCUAAAAUGGCUCAAUUGCAAGUUGUGAGAGUGGUAGAGACGGAGCAAGACAGAGGGAGAGAAACAGCAACAACAGUAGUGAUGGGAAUGUAAAUGUAAAUGAAUGUAGCGUGAGUAAAGGACAAAGUGAGAUGUUGAGUUCAUUGAAGUGGAAUUGAAUUGACCUUGGAAGCAAAAGCUAUAGGUAAGCUGUAAAAUUGGCUUCCCUUGAAUGUACAGGCUUGCUUUGUUUGUGACAUUUUUUUGUAUUCUAUGUUUGCGUAUGGGAUGACUAUGAUGUAGAAUGGUUCACUAUCUCUGAAUUAUUUUCUGUCUCUCUUGGUUUUGAUCCAAACAUAUUUUUGUCCCAAACUCUGGGCUUAUGUUAGAGAGGUGGAAAGUAUUAUUGAUAUAUUGUUAGAAUAACAUUUUCAUUUGAUCUCAGAAAUAAAUCAUGUAUAAGAUAUUUAUGAAAGUAAUAAAUGCUUAUGUAUGUGACUAAAUGCCCCAGUGUUGUUCUAACUAUUUAUCUCUAAUUGUUUAUGAUGAAUAAUACAAAUACAAAUGUUUUCUGUCAUUUUAUUUUUGCUGACCACACUAACAGAGCAGUUAAAGUAUUUCAUUUCAA